UCAUUUGGCAUUAAAAUGGCGGGUGUGACGGUUCAGGCACUGUAUGAUUUUAGCGGAGAGCCUGGCACAGCUGAGCUGUCCAUAAAGGCGGGAGAUCUCCUCAAAGUCACUAGGAAAGAUGUUGGAGAAGGAUGGUGGGAGGGUCAAUGUGCUUCCGGGCAAACUGGGCUGUUCCCUGCGGCCUACGUCCAAGAAGUCGUCAGUCAGCCUCCAGCUAUGCCACCACCUCCUCUUCCACAAUCUUUUAAUAAUGAUGAUUGGGGAGAAAAUCCAUCAAAUUCAACUUACGCCAAUACUCAGAGCUAUGAUGCUGGUGAUGACUCAUACGAUGAAUGGGAUGAUGAAUCAGAAAAUGGAAGCAGACCUGGUAUGGGGGCAGUUGCAAGUAGUUUCCCUCAUGUACCUAAAUCGGGGAGUGCAGGGGAUGUUAGUUCAAUUGGUCGCUCUACAGAGCCAAAAGGAACUAUUGGCCGUAAAAAUUUCAACAGAUUUACAUCAUUUGUGAAAUCAGGUGGAGAAAGUUAUAUUCUUGGAACUGUGCAAGUUCCUGUUCCUGAUGGUAGCAAGGUGUGGGUUGUCGAUGGCCAUGAGGGACCCAUUUGGAGCCCAAAUCCAGAACCAUACUCCUGUGUUGUUGCCCAACCUAAAAAAGAAACCAAGUUGAAAGGACUGAAGAGCUUUAUUGCCUACCAACUAACUCCGUCGUUCAACAACAUCCAAGUGUCAAGAAGGUACAAACAUUUUGAUUGGCUACAUGAAAGGUUAGAAGAGAAGUUCAGCCUAAUACCCAUCCCUCCGCUGCCAGAUAAACAGAUUUCAGGACGCUAUGAAGAACAAUUUAUAGAGCACCGCAAAAAUCAACUUCAACUCUUCGUUGAUAGUGUUUGUCGCCAUCCAGUAUUAUCAAGAUGUGAAGUGUGGCAGCAUUUCUUAACAUGCACUGAUGAAAAGCGCUGGAAGGCAGGCAAGCGCAGGGCUGAAAAAGAUGAACUAGUUGGAGCCAACUACUUCUUUGCUCUUCAAGCUCCUGAGGCGACUAUCGCUCCAUACAUGUUGGAACUAGAAACAGACAAUUGUGCAAAGUUCAUUCAAGGCAUGGAUGUUGCUGUCAAGAACCUUAUGGCCACUGCAUUUGAUCAAACAAAAAAACAUCAAGGUCACUACAAGAGAGAGUAUCAACGCAUAGGGCAAGCCUUUUAUAGCCUGGGUCAGGCGUUUGAAGAACCGGCAUCGAGCCCAAGAGCCAAUCUUAGUGUUGCUAUCAAAAUGACUGGAGAGGCAUACAAUUCAAUCGGAAGGCUCUUUGAAGAACAGCCAAAGUUGGACUGGGAGCCCUUUGGUGAUGUCUUACAUCUAUAUAGAGGAAUAAUUGCCUCUUUCCCCGAUAUUCUCACAGUUCACAAGGGUGCACUCCAAAAGCGGAAAGAAUGUGAAAAGUUAGCAGGUGAUCAUAAAAUGGAGCAGACUCAACUGAAUGAAGUGACUAGACGCACAGAUGUUGUUUCCUACGCCUUGCUCUCGGAAAUCAACCAUUUCCACAGUGAAAGAGCAGAAGACUUCAAACAAGGCAUGAAAAAAUAUUUGAAUGAGCAAAUUAUAUUUUAUGAAAAGAUUGUCAGCACUCUUAAAGAUGCAGUUGCAGCCUUUGAAGAAUGAUGUCAAACUCCUAUAUGCAACGAAUUUCUACAAAAUGAAGAGACUUAACAAUCAAAAUAAAUCAUGAAUGAAUUGAGCUAACAUGUCUCUAUAACAUAAGUGCUUUAUUAUAAGUCAAUUCAAGACUGUAGAACCUAUGACCAUUUCCUGUUUUGGCAAGUGAAAUGAAUUCUUCAAUGUGAUCUAGUGCUUUUAAAUAAGUGAUACUCCCAUCUUAAAUUUUCUCUUCAUUGGUGCCAUUUGUAAACAGCACUGUCUGUCCAAUUUGUUUGAACAGACCCUAAUUUCUUAACUCUUCAUGUGCCCUGUGAAAGUGGCAAGAGUUUUUCUUUUUUUAAAUUCUGCGUACACCAUUUUUUUAUUGUAUUGUCCUAAUGUACUGUAUUUUACUCAAGCACGUAGUUGUGCAAAAUGAAACCUCAAUAACAUUCCAGUCAAACACUAGUUUUGGUUUUGAUGAUUGUGUAUGUAUGUUAAGGAUGCAAAUGAACAAGUAACUUCAGAUGUUAUGUAUGUGAUCUUUUUUGUGUAGCUCAGAAUGUUCAUGUCCAUUAACUAAUUUGAAAGUUAGUGCCUUUCUGUUUUCUUAAUGUUACCAUCAUUUGCAUGUUCCUCUGUAUUUACAUUUUAUAGGUUGUUGUAUGACCUUACAUUUUUCUUGGUUAUCUUUCACAUAUCAUGCUGUUACUUUACUUUGUAUUUAUAUAUUUUAUAUAUUGUGUAUCACUUUUUUUUAAUGGAAAAGAGGAAUGUUUUUUUGUUGUUCUUUUUUUGCACUUUUCCAUAUGCCCGUAGGGUUUGCCUCAACUGUCAUUCCGAAGAGUUAUGAAUUAAUAUUUUUGAAUAUUUAUAUUUUGUAACAAUUAAAUUUACUGAGGUUAAUGCCAGUAUUGCCUUCACAACCUAAUAGGAAUCUUUCACAUUCGCUUCUUUUGUACUUGGUAUAUAAUGAAUUAAUUGUCUGUGGUUUCUUUAUCGUAUUCAUGCGAACUUGACCAAUUUUCUCAAACUUAAAAUUAAGAUUUUGGUGUCACCACAUAUUUGAAUGACUGUAUUCCUCCUGUAUUCUUUAAAGUCUGGAUGCAAAAUGCAUCCUGAUGUCAAUUUGGUGCUAAUGCUUAUUGUAAGUUUGGAGUGUAUAAUUAAUGUGUUUAAUUGAUGUUUUUACUCAGUUGUUACGGAGGUAGUUCUCCUUGGGAUGUGUUAAUGAAUGUCUAGAUGUUUUUGUUGUAGAAUGGUAAGGUUUGCUGACAUUUAAAUACUCAGAAGGUGGAUUGACUUGUUGCUCUGAUGUCUCUCAGCUUCUGUCGCCCCAAUGUUACAUUGGGCUGUCUGGCGCUCGAAGUAACCUAUGAGGCAUGAGCGGCAUGAGCGGAACAACAAGCGUAAAUCCACCUUAUGUAUGAGGUUUCCGUUCAUUUUGUUCCCGUACUUCAUCAAAAAUACAAAUCACUUAAUAUUAACAACAUUGUAAAGACUGGAGCCAAAUCCUAUUUUGCUGUUCUAGAAUGAAUUAAAAUUGCCCAAGUAUCCAUGUUCUUAAUCUUUUUUUUUUUACUUUUUAAAUAAUACUGAGUUUGUUUUAAAGUGGCGUGUAAUCUCAAUUUGCGUGUUAAUGCCCUAUGCUAUGACUGAUUAUUUUGGAUGUUACAUUCUGGAGGGUUCUGUUAAAAGCUGUUUCUUCUCCUGCACAAUGAAAGAGAAAUAGUUUGCUGACAGUUUAAAAAAAGUGAAAUUGUGACAUGUCCUACCUGUUUAUCACAAUUACAUUUCACAUAAAGGGGUGUGAAAUUUGAGAUUAGAAACUGGGUACCAGUAGACAGAGGUAGCUUCCAUGUAUAGAAUGAAUCAAUUAGUGUGCAUAUUAGCAAUUGGGUGAGUGAGUGGCAGUAUCCUAUGAAGUUUCAACAAAAUGUGUGAGCUCAUGUAACUGUCAUGCCUAAGUCAUUGAUCCCUAGAUCGUGUAAGUGUCUGUAUUCACCAUAGUCAGGAAUAGGAAUGGAUCUAAAAUUGCUUUGAAGGUCCUUAUUUAGCUCCAUCAGUUCAUCGAACUUUCAAAAUUCAAUUUUCUUCAAUUUAGGGAGUACAUGCAAGUUGUUUUCUCAUUUUCCCUGAUUCCUGUCCUGCUUCCACCAUAAAGUAUUCUGGGAAGUCAUUAAAUAUAAUAAUGUUUAAUGAGUUGUGUUAAAGACUGAGCAUGCUCAAUAUCAGUUGUAUUAUUUUACCUGCCUGUUGCCUGCUGUAUACAAAAGUUAUAAAUAAAAUUUCAUAACUGUUACACUAAUACAAACUUUUAACGAUACCCCCAUUGCUGUUCUUUUGCUUAAACCUAAAAUCAGAAAAUCUCGUGUUUUGUUCAGUAAUUUUAUUUCUUAUCUCUUGUACAGUAGUUGGGUUUAAUUUCACAUGCAAAUGGGGAGUGUAUGUUGCGUUGGUGUGUGUUCUUAGUGAAAGGCAGUGCAAUAGUAGCCUAGAGUUCAAAAUGCUGUAUUGCUGAAUGCUGUUGUAGUCAUUUUUCUUUCAUUAGCAAUGUAUACAUACCAUGUGAGAGGUGUUUACGUGAUGUUCAUCGAUUGAGUUGUUGGAUGUGGCACUAGUAGGUGAAACUGUAAGGUAGCAUACUAGUAUUCCAAAGAGUUGAGUGGUAAAUUUAACUUUUUUUUUUUUUUGCACAGUUUGGUUUUCACCAACCAACUUUUUU